AUGGGGCCAUGGGGCCAUGGGGAGGGAAAAGAAGGAAAAGGUCAAAGACGAAGAGGUGCAGUAAAAAGGUCUAGCAUAGUGCCAGGAUCGGCUAAUACUGUGUCGUCUCCUACUACACUUAUCCCACCCACAGGAAAAAAGAAUAAUGUGCUCUCUAAUGAAGCCAGAAAGGAAAUGGCCAAACUUGCUAAAGUCACAAAGGAUGAAAGGAGAGCUCAGCUGGACGCAAGGCACAAGUACUUGGUCUCUAAAUUGGCUGAUGGACUGGGAAUUGGGGAAAAUGAAGUGGAGGACUUUCUGAUUUCUGAUGAUAAGUUCAAUUUAAUAGCAGAUUUCUUUGCUGCAAAUGGAUCAAAAAAGCUUAUCUUCUUUUAUCAAGAAGUUGCUCAGCCAAACAAAGCAAAUAUUCCUAUGUGGGCAGAUGCCGCAAACCUAAAUACCUCGUAUCCUCAAGUUCUCAAGAAACUUUUUAUCACUACGGAAUCCAAUGAGGGACUGACAGGGACCUGCCUUUUCUUUUUGCGUACAACAGAUAAAGCAAUUACUACAGCCAACGUUGUUCAGGAAGUCAAUUUCAGCAUGUUUGAAUGUACAAAUGGGAACAUUCUGCAAGGACUUGAGAUUUUACUGGCUCAGGUUUUGGUGCCAGCUCUUAAAUGUCAAGAGAACUGGGGAGCUGUCAAAGAUGGUCUACAAAAUUCACAGAUACAGGAGUUCUUGGACUCGCUGGACAAGUUUGUUGCCACAUUGUCAUCUGCAAAAAACAAUCUGGAUGGAAAAAUUGAGCUAAAGAAAGUGGACAGUGGCAAUUUCAUUGAUGGCUUGCCAAAUCCUUCAGACUUCAUAGCAACAGGAGGUAACAGUGAAGUGAUCGAGAAGCUAGAGGGCAUGCUGACAGUGUGGAUGAAGCAGAUUGAGCAGGUUCUUGCAGAAAGUGAGCAAAUGAGGAAAGAAGCAGACAACAUCGGCCCCUCUGCUGAGCUGGAACACUGGAAGUCACGCAUGUCUUCUUUUAAUAGUCUUUUAGAUGAAAUUAAAAGCCCUAAAGUGAAAAAAGUUCUAAGUAUCCUGCAAGCAGCAAAAUCCAGAAUAUUAAAGCAAUGGAAGGAACUGGACUGUAACGUUACAAAUGCAGCCAAUGAAGCAAAAGACAAUGUCAAAUAUUUGUACACUCUGGACAGGUUCUUUGGUCCUCUUGGGAAAGCCUCACCAGCUACAAUGGUAGAACAUAUACCAAGCCUUAUGAAUAACAUUCGUAUGAUCUAUAGUACAUCACAGUAUUACAAUACCUCAGAGCAUAUGACCUCCCUUUUCCUUAAAGUCACCAAUCAAAUUGUGAGCACAUGUAAAAGUUACCUCAACCAAGGAGUUGUGAAAAUCUGGGAUCUUGAGAGGGAGAAGCUUUUGAAGAGGAUACAAGAAUGUGUCUACCUGAAUGAGCAGUAUCAGGCUUCUUUUCAUAAGGUUAAAGAGAGACUUAAAGAAACCCCAAAUGAAAGGCAGUUUGAGUUCAGUGAAAAUUAUAUAUUUGGGAAACUGGACACAUUUUGUAAGCGGCUUGAGAAGAUAUCAGACUUGAGCAAUGUUUUGGAAAGUCUAUCCGAUCUUCAGAAUAUCCGAAUUGAAGGAAUUGAAAAAAUCAAUAUUCGCUACCAAACAAUUGUUAGCAACACCAAAUCAAAGACGUAUGAUGUCCUGGAUCACCGUAAGCAAGAAUUUGAUAAAGACUAUGUGGAAUUCAAGAAUCAAAUAGAAGGUCUUUACCAAUCACUUCAAGCAUUUGUGGAUUCUUGGUUUGAAAAACCUUUGUCUACUGAGCAGAUGGUAAAUCUGCUGCUUAAAUUUGAGCGAAUUGGAAAGAACCAUCUUGACUUUGGGGAAAAAUAUAUGGUAGUUCUGCAGAGAUACAGUCGAGACUUGGAUAUGGUGCGAAAACUUUACCAGAAACAUAAAGACAGUCCUCCAACACCUCGAAAUGUGCCCCCGAUAACAGGGAAAAUCAUGUGGGCGCGACAACUGUGCAGGAAAAUUGACCAACCAAUGAGAUUUCUUAAAACAAAAAUGGAACUUUUGCAGGGACAAGAAAUGAAAAAGAUAAUUCGAAGCUACAACAAAAUGGCUUCUGUCCUUGUUGAGUUUGAGGUAUUGUAUUACAGAGGAUGGUGUAAAUGUGCAGAAAUGGCCAAAACUGGUCUGCACGCAUCUCUUUUGGUCAGGCACCCAGAGACAAAGGAGUUAUUUGUUAACUUGGAUCCAACAAUCCUAGAAGUGCUUUAUGAAACAAAGUACUUGCAUAAAAUGGGUUUGGAUGUGCCAGAUGUCAUACAUAGCAUCGCCACUAGAGAGCAGCAGAUUAAAAUCCAAAAAAUAAAGCUACAAGAUAUGCUGAUGGACUACCAGACAUUUGUUAAUAAAAUCCCUGUUCUGCUGAAGCCACUCAUGUCACCUUUUAUCACCCAAAUUGAGGAGAUGUUGUCACCGGGCCUCACACAGCUUUCCUGGACCUCCCUUAACAUUGAUAAAUACAUUGCAAAUGUUUACAGUUCACUGAGAGAUAUAGAACAGAUAUGUAAGGAAGCUUCUGACAUACUGGAGUGCCGAAUUGAAAAAUUACUGUUAGACAUAUCAGAAACAGCGCUGGUGGAUUUGCCUGAAGAUGAUGCAAUUACAGUCCCAACUUUUCUAGAGAGGACAGAAAAAACACAAGUGAGAUCACAAGAAUACAGAAGGAGCGAGCACAAUUCCACAGGAAUCGGCACAGGCUUUAGAACUGGAAGGGGAGACUUAUUUUGUGUUGAGAAGGACUCAUUUGUCUGUUUGCAUCUUGAUGCUAAACAAAAAAUGCGCUGUCAAGAAUGUCUUCCUUGUAGUUACUAUAAUGUGAUGGGCCAUUUGUGCCAGAAAAAUACAGACUCCCUUGUGAAAUGCACAAAGGUUUCAUUAGACGCGUUAAAACGCCGAUUGCACACAGUCAGCUCCAAAUAUCAGACAACAAAACUCACCAAAGAUCACACUACAAGCCCACUGUUUAAAGCUGAGAUCCAUCUUGCCAUUCCAAAUGUUGUCAUGCGUCCUAGUCUGGAAGACAUACAAAUUGCGGUGAACAAAGCUAUAAAUAUUAUAUUGUCAGCAGCCAAGGACAUUCCUCUUUGGAAUUUUGCACAUCUACAUCACAAACAACAACAGCUAGAGCAAAAUGCUGCCAGAGAUCUGGGAGAUGAACUUACUAAGAUGGUUGUCCUGAAACCUUUGGAUAAGCAAAUCAGUGAACAUAAAGAUGUGAACAAAGUUGUUAUCCAGCUCAGCUCCAUUGUCUUGUCUCUUAAAGCUGAUGCUACAGAUGUGCUCAACAGCUUUACUACAUUUUCUGGAAUCUGGAAUCAGGACGUUGAUGAAAAAGUAAAAGAAUUCCUUGACACUAACCCUGUAAUGUCUGAAUUCCGAAGUCAACUCGGUUAUUACUCACAAUUGGAAUCCCAAAUCAGCGAGCUUCCAGGUCACUGCAUUGUAGGCUCUGUCAACUUCUCGACCGAUUGUUUGAAAAUGGCAUUGGUACAGGAAUGUCGCCGCUGGAAGAGAGCCAUUGGUUCUGCUUUGAAUAAAAAGGCAGCAAUGGAUAUGGAUGAGAUUUAUUCAUUUAUUGAUAAUCUCAGUAAGCGACUGAAUAGACCUAUUAUUGAUCUGGAUGAUGUGCGUGGAGCUAUGGAUGGACUGAAAGAAAUCAGAGAGUCAGAAAUUAAGAUUGACAUGAUGAUUGGACCUAUUGAGGAAUCACAUAGUCUUCUGGUAAAAUAUGAGCUGCUGUUUCAGGAUGGCAAUGCAGAGCGUGUAGAUGGAUUAGCUUAUGCCUGGAAGAAUUUAAACACACAGGUUGUGCAAACCCAGAAUUUACUCAUCAAAGUGCAACCGGAGAUGAAGACAGAUUUGCUUGAAGGUGUGAAAAAAUUCCAGAUUGAUGCUAGUGAAUAUUAUAAAGACUAUGACAUGGUGGGACCUGGUGUAGAAGGUAUUCCUCCCAGAGAAGCAAGUGACAGACUGCAAGUUUUCCAGGCCAAGUUUGAUGAACUUUGGAGGAAAUAUGCUACUUUUUCAGGAGGAGAAGAUCUUUUUGGCCUGCCAAUAACAGAACAUUCUGAACUACAAAGGAUUAAACGUGAACUCUCAUUACUUCAGAAACUCUACGGUCUUUAUAAUGCAGUUAUAGAUAGCAUUAAUGGAUAUUAUGAAAUACUCUGGACUGAUCUGGAUAUUGAGAAAAUCAAUAAUGAGCUACUGGACUUCCAAAACAGAAUUCGCAAACUGCCCAAAGCGCUAAAGGAGUGGCAAGCAUUCAAUGACUUGAAGACCAAGAUUGACGAUUUCAGUGAGAGUUGUCCUUUGCUUGAAAUGAUGGCAAAUAAAGCAAUGAUGAGACGACACUGGGAUAGAAUUUCACAACUUACUGGUCACAAGUUUGAUGUGGAAUCUGAAAGUUUUUCCUUGAGGAACAUAAUGGAAGCCUCACUUCUGAAAUACAAAGAAGAUAUUGAGGACAUAUGUAUCAGUGCUGUCAAAGAAAAAGACAUUGAAGCAAAAUUGAAAAAUGUAAUCAAUGAAUGGAGUGCUCAUGUAUUUACUUUUGCCCAGUUCAAGUCAAGAGGAGAACUGCUCUUGAAAGGGUCAGAUACUUCUGAGAAAAUCGCUUUGAUGGAAGACAGUCUCAUGGUAUUAGCUUCCAUUAUGAGUAACAGGUAUAAUGCACCAUUUAAGCCAACCAUACAACAGUGGGUGCAAAAACUAUCCAACACAACAGAGAUUAUUGAGAACUGGCUUAAUGUGCAGAACCUCUGGAUUUACCUGGAAGCUGUGUUUGUUGGUGGCGACAUUGCAAAGCAACUACCUCAGGAGGCAAAGAGGUUCCAGAACAUAGAUAAAUCCUGGCAGAAGAUCAUGCAGAGGGCUCAUGAGAACACUAAUAUAGUCCAGUGCUGUGUUGGCGAUGAAACAUUGGCGCAGUUGUUGCCACAUUUACUUGAACAGCUGGAGAUGUGUCAGAAAUCCCUCACUGGAUACCUGGAAAAGAAGCGUUUGGUUUUCCCUCGAUUUUUCUUUGUUUCAGACCCAGCUCUUCUGGAAAUUCUUGGACAAGCAUCAGAUUCACACACUAUUCAGGCUCAUCUCCUGAGUUUGUUUGACAAUGUUAAUAGAGUAGGCUUUCAUGAGAAGAACUAUGACCAGAUUUUGUAUUUUGAAUCUCAAGAACGGGAAAAAGUAAACCUAUUGGAGCCUGUCAAUGCUCAGGGAAAUGUGGAGACAUGGCUUGGUCUUCUUCUUAAUGGUGUUAGGAAUACUCUUCACAACAUAAUCAGACAAGCAUCCAUUGCCAUCAGUGAUUCGGGUUUCAAGCUGUAUGACUUCCAGGCCAUGUACCCUGCACAAGUUGGCCUGCUGGGAAUUCAGAUGAUCUGGACAAGAGAUGCUGAAGAAGCCUUAAAUAUGUCCAAAACAGACAAAAAGGUUAUGCAAUCAACCAAUCAGAAGUUUCUUGAUCUGCUGAAUGAUCUGAUUGAUAUGACAACAAAAGAUCUGACCAAAAUAGAAAGAACUAAAUAUGAGACUCUAAUCACCAUCCAUGUUCACCAGAAGGAUAUCUUUGAUGAUUUGGUUCGAAUGAACAUCAGAUCAGCUUCAGAUUUUGAAUGGCAAAAGCAGUCCAGAUUUUAUUUCAUUGAAGAUAUCGAUAAAUGCAUCAUUCAGAUUACAGAUGUGGAAUUCAGCUACUGCAAUGAGUACUUGGGGUGUACUGACAGGCUGGUCAUUACCCCUCUGACUGACAGAUGCUACAUUACCUUAUCCCAGGCUCUUGGCAUGAGCAUGGGUGGAGCACCAGCAGGCCCUGCUGGGACUGGAAAGACUGAGACAACAAAGGAUAUGGGCAAGUGUCUUGGAAAAUAUGUUGUGGUUUUCAACUGCUCUGACCAGAUGGACUACAGAGGAUUGGGUCGUAUAUACAAAGGUUUGGCACAAUCCGGUGCAUGGGGCUGCUUUGAUGAAUUUAAUCGUAUUGAGCUACCUGUCCUUUCUGUUGCUGCACAGCAGAUCUACAUAGUGUUACAGUGCAAGAAGAAUAAGAAGAGCCAAUUUAUAUUCACGGAUGGUGAUGUUGUUGAUAUGGACAGAGAUUUUGGUAUAUUUUUAACCAUGAAUCCAGGCUAUGCAGGACGUCAAGAACUUCCUGAGAAUUUGAAAGUUCAAUUCCGCACAGUGGCUAUGAUGGUACCAGACCGCGCUAUCAUUAUGAGGGUAAAGCUAGCCAGUGCUGGUUUCCGAGACAACCUAAUCCUCAGUCGUAAGUUUUACACACUGUACAAGCUGUGUGAGGAGCAAUUAUCAAAGCAGGUUCAUUAUGACUUUGGAUUGCGGAAUAUCCUGUCUGUUCUAAGAACUCUGGGAUCGGUGAAAAGAUCCAAUCCUGAAGAGCCAGAGAAGACAGUAGUAAUGAGAGUUCUACGUGACAUGAAUCUGUCAAAACUUGUGGAUGAGGAUGAGCCAUUGUUUAUGAGUCUGAUAAAUGACUUGUUCCCUGGAAUAACUCUGGAUAAAGCUGGUUAUCCUGAGCUGGAGGCAGCCAUACAGAAACAGACAGCAGAAGCUGGUCUUAUCCAUCAUCCUCCUUGGAUUCUAAAACUUAUCCAGCUGUAUGAGACACAACUCGUGAGACAUGGAAUGAUGACACUUGGACCUAGUGGUGCAGGCAAAACAAAAUGUAUUAAUGUUCUCAUGAAAGCAAUGACAGAUUGUGGAGCUCCUCACAAAGAGAUGAGGAUGAACCCUAAAGCCAUCACUGCCUCCCAGAUGUUUGGCACCCUUGAUGUGGCCACAAAUGACUGGACUGAUGGCAUAUUCUCAACUUUGUGGAGAAAAACCUUAAAAGCAAAAAAGGGGGAGCACAUAUGGAUAGUUUUAGAUGGACCUGUUGAUGCAAUAUGGAUCGAGAAUUUGAAUUCUGUUUUGGAUGACAACAAGACGCUGACGUUGGCUAAUGGAGAUCGAAUUCCAAUGGCACCUAAUUGCAAAAUUAUUUUUGAACCACACAACAUUGACAAUGCCUCUCCAGCCACUGUGUCCCGCAAUGGCAUGGUCUUCAUGAGUUCUUCUGUGCUGGACUGGAGACCUGUCCUUAAGGCCUGGUUACAGAUUCUACCUGCUACUCAGCAUGAAGUAUUAUGGAACUGUUUCAACAGUGUCUUUCAGGAUUUGAUUAAUUUUGUGUUCACGGUUGUAUUUCCAAAAAUGCAAAUAUUGGAGUGUAUGUAUAUACGGCAGGCAAUUGAUCUUCUCCAGGGUCUUCUUUCUGAUAAAGAGGAAAAGCAGCCCAGCCAGGAACACCUGGCUCGAUUAUUUGUCUUUGCAGUGAUGUGGUCAGUAGGUGCUUUGCUUGAGCUUGAGGAUCGUAUGAAGAUGGAAAUUUUCCUGCGCAAACACUCUGCUCCUCUUGAGCUUCCUUCUGUCAAAGGAGAUGAAACCAUUUUUGAAUUUGUCAUUAAUGAAAAUGGGCAAUGGGAGCACUGGUCUAAAAAGGUUCCUGAAUACAUUUAUCCAAAAGACUCAAUACCAGAAUACACCUCAAUCCUAGUUCCAAAUGUUGACAAUGUUCGUACAGAUUUCUUGAUGCACACCAUUAUGAAACAAGGGAAAGCAGUUUUACUGAUAGGUGAGCAGGGAACAGCAAAAACAGUUAUGAUUAAGGGCUACAUGAGUAAAUAUGACCCAGAAUUUCAUAUCACCAAAUCAUUGAACUUCUCCUCUGCAACCCUUCCAAACAUGUUCCAGAGGAGCAUUGAAAGUUACAUUGACAAAAGGAUGGGGACAACAUAUGGCCCUCCAGCGGGAAAGAAAAUGACUAUUUUUGUUGAUGAUAUCAAUAUGCCUGUGAUUAAUGAGUGGGGCGAUCAGAUAACCAAUGAAAUUGUAAGGCAACUCAUGGAACAAAAUGGUUUCUAUAACUUAGAAAAACCUGGUGAAUUCACUAGUCUUGUUGACAUUCAGUUUGUGGCGGCCAUGAUUCACCCUGGUGGAGGUCGAAAUGACAUUCCCCAGCGAUUGAAACGUCAGUUUACAGUCUUUAAUUCCACUCUCCCAUCAAACUCCUCUAUCGACAAAGUAUUCAGGACAGUGGCUGAGGGAUAUUUUUGUGAAGAAAGGGGAUUUCCUCUUGAUGUGUGCAAGUUGGCAUCUGCGUUGGUCCCUACUACUCGCAAAGUGUGGCAGGCAACUAAAAUUAAGAUGUUACCAACCCCGGCAAAAUUUCAUUACAUUUUUAACUUGCGGGACUUGAGCCGUAUUUGGCAGGGGAUAUUGACAGUUACAUCAGACAUCUGUCGCAGCACUGACAUCCUAGUGUCCCUUUUCCAAAAUGAAUGCACACGUGUGAUAGCAGACAGGUUUGUUGACCAGAAAGACAAGGAUUGGUUUGAGAACAGUCUGCAGAAGAUUGCAUUAGAAGAUCAUGGACAGGAGCUAAUGCAGAGUGUAGCAAAAGAGUCCUACUUUGUGGACUUCUUACGAGAUGCUCCAGAAGCAACCGGUGAUGAACCAGAUGAUGCUGACUUUGAAGCACCUAAAAUCUAUGAGCCUAUCCCUUCAUUUCAACAUCUUUCAAACCGGCUUGACAUGUUUAUGCAACAGUACAAUGAAGCAGUUAGGGGAGCAAGAAUGGAUUUGGUGUUUUUCAAGGAUGCAAUGAUCCACCUGGUAAAAAUCUCCCGCAUUAUCCGGACUCCGCAAGGAAAUGCUUUGCUGGUCGGUGUUGGAGGAUCAGGGAAACAGAGCUUGACUAGGCUGGCUUCCUACAUUGCUGGAUAUCAGAGCUUUCAGAUUACUCUGUCAAGAACUUAUGGAACAAGUAAUCUGCUGGAUGAUCUAAAGCUGUUGUACCGUACAGCUGGGCAAAAAGGAAAAGGAAUAUCUUUCAUAUUUACGGACAAUGAGAUUAAGGAUGAAUCAUUUCUAGAGUACAUGAAUAAUGUGUUGGCUUCAGGAGAAGUGUCCAACUUGUUUGCAAGGGAUGAGAUUGAUGAAAUCACACAAGAUUUAAUACCUGUCAUGAAGAAAGAAUAUCCACGGCGGGCCCCCACUGCUGAGAACCUUUAUGAUUAUUUCCUCUCCCGUGUUCGCAGUAACUUGCAUGUGGUGCUUUGCUUCUCUCCAGUUGGGGAGAAAUUCAGAACCAGAGCUCUGAAAUUCCCAGGUCUUAUUUCUGGAUGUACCAUGGACUGGUUCCAAAGGUGGCCACGAGAUGCUUUGGUUGCUGUUGCCCAUCACUUUUUGACUUCUUACAAAAUAGAAUGUACAGAAGAAGUGAAACAGAGUGUUGUAAACACAAUGGGUACAUUUCAGGACCUUGUGGCAGAAAAAUGUGUGGAAUAUUUUGAAAGGUUCAGACGCCAGACAUAUGUCACCCCAAAAUCAUAUCUAUCCUUCAUUAGUGGCUAUAAGGCAAUAUAUGGGGAGAAAUAUGAAAAUGUAGGAAAUCUGUCCAACCGCAUGAAAACAGGUCUUGAAAAAUUAAUGGAAGCCGAAGUCUCUGUUAAUCAGUUGUCAAAAGAGCUAGCAGUUAAGGAGAAAGAUUUGGCUGUUGCCUCUAAGAAGGCAGAUGAGGUCUUGCAGGAAGUGACUCUCAAAGCUCAAGCUGCUGAAAAUGUGAAGAUGCAGGUUCAAAAGGUGAAAGACAAAGCACAAGUCAUUGUGGAUGAAAUCGCUGUUGCUAAGGCAUCUGCCGAGGAGAAACUGGAAGUGGCCAGGCCAGCUCUUCAGGAGGCUGAGGCAGCUUUGCAGACUAUUAAACCUACUGACAUAUCAACAGUUCGAAAACUGGGAAGACCUCCUCAUUUAAUUAUGAGAAUCAUGGACUGUGCUUUGUUGUUGUUCCAAAGAAAGAUUGAUCCAGUGACAACUGAUCCAGACCGGAAUUGUGUAAAACCAUCCUGGGGAGAAGCCUUGAAACUAAUGAACAAUGCAGGUUUUCUUAACUCAUUGCUGGAGUUUCGGAAGGACUCCAUCACAGAAGAAAUGGUUGAACUGCUGCAGCCUUAUUUGGACAUGGAAGACUACAACCUUGAAUCAGCUAAAAAAGUGUGUGGCAAUGUAGCAGGUCUCUGCUCCUGGACACAAGCCAUGGCAUAUUUCUAUGGAAUUAACAAGGAGGUUCUUCCCUUAAAGGCUAACUUAACACUACAAGGAGCCAAGCUUUUAGUUGCCGAAACAGAACUGAACAAUGCACAGAGCCAACUUGAUGCCAAGCAAAGAGAGCUGGAUGAUGUGCAGGCAAUGUACGAUGCUGCUAUGAGAGAGAAACAAAUGCUACUGGAUGAUGCAGAUGCCUGCAGGCGGAAGAUGAACAAUGCUACAGCUCUGAUUGAGGGACUUGGAGGAGAAAAAAUACGGUGGACAGAAAGCAGCAAAAAUUUUCAGAAUCAAAUUAUUCGGCUAGUUGGUGAUGUUCUUUUAGCCACUGGUUUCCUCUCCUACAGUGGACCAUUUAACCAAGAGUACAGGACUCUGCUGCAGCAACUCUGGAAGAAGGAAAUGAAUCAUAAUAGAAUACCAUACAGUGAUGAUUUGAACCUUAUCUCAAUGCUUGUGGACAAUGCUACAAUUGGUGAAUGGAAUCUUCAAGGACUUCCCAGUGAUGACCUGUCCAUCCAGAAUGGAAUUAUUGUCACCAAAGCAUCUCGUUUUCCACUCCUUAUUGACCCACAAGGUCAAGGGAAAAUAUGGAUUAAAAAUAAAGAAAAGAAUAAUGAACUACAGGUGACCUCUCUGAAUCACAAGUAUUUCAGAACUCACCUGGAGGAUAGUUUAUCUUUGGGAAGACCGCUCAUAAUUGAAGACGUUGGGGAGGAUCUCGAUCCAGCACUUGACAACGUACUUGAGAAAAACUUCCUUAAAUCUGGAUCAACAUUUAAAGUAAAGGUUGGUGAUAAGGAAGUAGAUAUUAUGAAAGGAUUUACACUAUAUAUUACAACUAAGUUGGCAAAUCCAGCAUAUACACCUGAAAUAAGUGCAAAGACUGCAGUAAUUGACUUUACUGUCACAAUGAAAGGGCUAGAAGAUCAGCUCCUUGGUCGUGUCAUUCUCACAGAAAAACAGGAAUUGGAAGCAGAACGUGUCAAGUUAAUGGAAGAAGUAACUUCAAACAAGAGGAAAAUGAAGGAGCUAGAAGAUAAUCUCUUGUUCCGUCUGACCAGCACCCAGGGUUCUCUUGUAGAAGAUGAAUCUCUGAUUGAAGUCCUUAGGAUAACAAAAACCACAGCAGAGGAGGUCAGUGAGAAGCUGACAAUUGCAGCAGAAACCGAAUUGAAGAUUAAUACAGCUCGUGAAGAAUAUCGUCCUGUAGCUACGCGUGGCAGCAUCCUGUACUUUCUCAUUGUGGAAAUGAGUCUAGUGAAUGUCAUGUAUCAGACAUCCCUCCGUCAAUUCUUGGGCAUCUUUGACUUGUCAAUGGAGAAAUCUGUGAAAUCCCAGCUGACAGCCAAGAGAAUUGCAAACAUUAUUGAAUAUCUUACCUUUGAGGUGUUUAAUUAUACAGUUCGAGGCUUGUAUGAAAACCACAAAUUUCUCUUCACUUUGCUAAUGGCUUUAAAGAUAGACCUUCAAGCUAAGAAAAUUUCCCAUAAUGAAUUCCAGACUUUCAUCAAAGGGGGUGCUACAUUAGAUCUAAAUUCUGUGGAACCAAAGCCCAAAAAAUGGAUACUAGAUAUGACAUGGCUCAACCUGGUACAGCUAUCAAACUUGCCUCCCUUUAAUAACCUCUUGGGGCAGGUAGCAAGGAAUGAGAAGGCAUGGAAAAUUUGGUUUGAUAAGGAAUCCCCUGAAGAAUCUCCACUACCUGAUGGAUAUGAUAGUUUGUUGGAUACUUUCAGAAAAUUGCUACUUAUUCGUAGCUGGUGCCCAGAUCGGACAAUUGCUCAGGCUCGUCAUUAUAUAGCUGAAUCACUUGGUGUGAAAUUUGCUGAGGGUUUCAUUCUUGACAUGGAGGCCAUGUGGGCUGAAAGUGAUUGCAGAACCCUGCUGGUCUGUUUCCUGUCAAUGGGUUCAGAUCCUACUGAGAACAUUGAGCGCCUAUCCAAGUCCAAGAAUGCACCUUGUCGUGCAAUCUCCAUGGGCCAGGGGCAAGAGGUUCAUGCCAGACGCUUGCUAAGUCAGUCCAUGCAAGAUGGCGGAUGGUUACUUCUCCAGAACUGUCACUUGGGUCUUGACUUUAUGGAUGAAUUACUCGAUACAAUCACUGUUACAGAGAGUGUUCAUGAGGGCUUCAGGACAUGGAUCACAACAGAAGUUCACCCCAAGUUUCCAAUUAAUCUGUUACAGUCAUCAAUAAAAUUUACUAAUGAACCACCACAAGGUGUGAAAGCAGGAUUAAAGAGGACUUAUUCUGGAGUGUCUCAGGAAUUGCUGGAUGUAACAAAUGUUCCACAGUGGAAACCACUGCUUUAUGCUGUAGCAUUUCUGCACACAACAGUGCAAGAAAGAAGAAAGUUUGGUCCUUUAGGUUGGAACAUCCCAUAUGAAUUUAACCAAGCAGAUUUUGCCGCCAGUAUUCAGUUUGUCCAAAACCAUUUAGAUGAUGUGGGCACUAAACGACCCGUGAACUGGAGCUGCUUGCGCUACAUGCUGGGAGAAGUCCAAUACGGCGGUCGUGUGACUGAUGAUUUGGAUAAGACAUUACUGAACACAUUUGCUAAGGUCUGGUUUGGAGAGCACAUGUUUUCUGACAAGUUUUGCUUUUAUAAAGGCUAUGGAAUCCCUAAAGGCAAAGCGAUUGAUGAAUAUCUCCACUACAUAGAGCAACUGCCAUUGGUGGACACGCCUGAGGUCUUUGGGUUGCAUCCUAACGCAGACAUAACUUACCAGACAAACAUGGCAAAUGAGACACUAAGUACAAUAGUCAAUAUUCAGCCCAAGGACAGUGGAGGAGGUGCAGGAGAGACAAGAGAGACUAUUGUGCAGCGACUAGCAAAUGAGAUGCUGGAGAAAUUACCAGAGGACUACAUCCCUCAUGAGGUUAAGGCUCGGCUGCAAAAAAUGGGCGCAAUUCAGCCAAUGAAUAUAUUCUUACGUCAGGAAAUUGAUCGCAUGCAGCGCGUAAUCACUCGAGUCAGAAAUACACUUACUGAUCUUAAGCUGGCAAUAGAUGGUACCAUCAUUAUGUCAGAAGACUUGCGAGAUGCCUUGGAUAACAUGUACGAUGCCAGAAUCCCAAAACUCUGGUAUAAGAUUUCCUGGGAUUCUGCCACCUUAGGUUUCUGGUUUACAGAACUGUUGGAAAGAAAUAUGCAGUUCAGGAGCUGGCUAUUUGAUGGGCGUCCCAAUCAGUUCUGGAUGACUGGAUUUUUUAAUCCACAGGGUUUUCUGACUGCCAUGAGACAAGAAACAACACGCAUGAAUUUAUCAAAAGGCUGGGCCUUAGACACUGUCAUUUUACAUAAUGACGUCACAAGGAUGAUGAAAGAAGAUGUCAAUUCUCCUCCUCCAGCGGAUAUUGGUGGUGUCUACAUAUACGGAUUGUUUCUUGAUGGCGCUGGCUGGGAUCGUAGAAACACAAAGCUUAUGGAAGCUCAGCCAAAGGUGCUGUUUACCAAUCUUCCCGUAGUUCAUGUCUAUGCCGUGAGCACUAGUGGAACGGUGGAUCCGAAGAAGCAGCUAACCAACCUCUACACCUGCCCAGUUUAUAAGAAGCCACGAAGGACAGAUCUCACUUAUAUAUUCUCAUUGUAUCUGAGAACAGUGUUUGUUCCCGAUCAUUGGACAAUGAGAGGCGUUGCUCUACUGUGUGAUAACAAAUAAACCAGAUGCAAGUAUUGUGAGAAAACAUCGAACAUCAUAAUAAACUCUUACCAACAAUUCUGAUGUCACUG